AUGUCAUCCAAACAGGCAGACAUUUUGCAUAAACCGUGGUCUUGCUUGAAACCAUGGUUUCCACUGAUGAAACCAUGGCAACGGACUACUCUGCUCGUGCAUUCUCUCCGCUUUGCUGUGCUCGCGAUUCUCUCCACUGUGCUCUACUCGCGUCGCGAUCACUCUUCUGCUCGCUUCGCUUUGCUCGCAAUUUCCGCUAUCUUCGCUCUUCGCUCUGCUCGGGCAUUCACUCUCAAGAAGCUCACCUUCUCUGCUCGCCGCUUCGCUCUUCAGCCCACUCCUUCUGGUUCACUGGUUCAUCGAGCUCGUGCCGUCGCUGGUUCUGUGGUCGUGCUGAGAAGAAGAAGGGAUGAAGACGAUGGUGAUGAAGGGAGGUUCCCCCUCUACCGUCGCGCAGCGUCUCCGUCUUGUGUUUAUGCUUCGGUCCCCUGUUUUUCCCAGCCACCGUCCCCCGUGUGUGUGUGUUUCGUUCUCUGCUCGUUCGGCAUGUUCUCCCUUAGCCUGCUCCGCCUCGUGUUUAGCUUCUCCGCCAAGAUGAAGAAGAAGAUUGAAUAUAGGACAAGUGGAGCCAUUGUCGCUUUGGUUGUUUGUGUGUCUUGGCUGUACUUGAUAUACCAAAAGUGGAAUCUGAUCAAGCAAAAGGAAAAAUUGUUUCAACAAAAUGGUGGCUUCAUCAUGCAACAACGACUCUCUGUUAAAGAAGCUUCCUCCCAAACAGUUAAAAUUUUCACCACAGAGGAAUUAAAAAGGGCAACCGACAACUACCAUUAUAGCUCAAUUCUUGGAGAAGGAGGAUAUGGAACUGUUUAUAAGGGAUCACUGACGGACAAAAAAAUUGUCGCAAUCAAGAAGUCGAAACUCUUGGAUCAAAACCGAAUUGAACAGUUCAUCAACGAGAUCAUUGUCCUUUCACAAAUAAAUCAUAAGAACGUGGUGAAACUACUUGGAUGCUGUUUAGAAACUGAAAUUCCUUUGUUAGUCUAUGAGCUUGUCAACAACGGCACCCUUUAUGGUCACAUUCACGAUGAAGAGAAGGCUUCCAAGAUGUCUUGCGAAACACAUUUGAAGAUAGCAGCAGAGACAGCAGAAGCACUAUCAUAUCUGCACUCUGGUGCCUGCAUACCCAUAAUCCAUAGAGAUGUCAAGACCUCUAACAUACUUUUAGAUGAAGAAUACACAGCCAAAGUGUCUGAUUUUGGAGCUUCUAAGUUGGUUCCCCUUGAUCAAAGAGAAUUAGCCACAAUGGUACAAGGAACUCUAGGAUACUUGGAUCCAGAAUACAUGCAAACGAGCCAACUCACGGAGAAAAGUGAUGUAUAUAGUUUUGGAGUGGUGCUCGUGGAGCUACUGACAGGGAAGAAAGCUCUUUCAUUUGAUAAACCAGAAGAGGAAAGAUGUCUUGCCAAGUAUUUCCUUUCAUCCUUGAAGAGAGGUCAAUUGUUUGAACUACUUGAAGUUCGCAUAAUGAACGAUGAAAAUAAUAAGGAGAUGCUGAGGGAAGUGGCCUCCCUUGCUGAGAGAUGCUUAAGGGUGUGUUUGGCUAUUGAUCGUGCUGGGGUAGACUGGCUGCUGGUCAUGCAAGGGCUGGACUGGUGGCAGGCAUAUGUCAGGGAUCUUGGGAAUCAGGAUGUUUGGAGCGAAACUGAUCACCACAUCACGCAUAGCCAUAACAGCUGCCUUCAACUGGUCAAGCUGUAA